UUAACAUUCGACAGCCAGUCAGUGAUUCAAAAAUUGAAUUUAAUCGCUUACAAUAUGAUAACAAAAAUCGACACAGUAAACGUAUUUAUUCAUCAGUCCUUCCAAAUUUUUGUUUAUUUAUUGUUUUGUUUUACUAAUUUAGCAUGCAAUCAUUUUACGACAGUUUGAUCGCAUGGGGACUGAGUCAGCACGCUUAUGCGGACCUUGUUACCGACAGGGUGCACGGUUGGUCGUUUGGAACGUAUGUUUAGUGUUGUGAACUUCUUUUCAACUAGACCCAUCAGCAUUCAAGUUAGUAUUUUCUUACUUUGGAGAACAACACAUUCGCAAAGAAACAGUGCGCGGUAUUGCACAAAUACCCCUGUUCGGAGAGCAGGUCUGACUUGGAAACAAACGAGAUCCAGUUACUGUUUAAAUAUGUCCACAAUUAGCAAGGGAAUAUCGUCUUCAAAAUCUGACGCCGGGAUGUCUCAAAGAAUGGUCUGGGUGGAUUUAGAGAUGACAGGUCUUGACAUUGAGAGGGACCAGAUUAUUGAGAUGGCAUGCAUCAUUACAGACUCAGAUUUGAAAAUUUUGGCUGAGGGUCCUAAUUUGAUAAUCAACCAAUCAAGUGAGCUGCUGGACAGAAUGUCUGAUUGGUGUAAAGAGCACCAUGGGCAGUCAGGGCUUACACAGGCUGUCAGGGACAGUAAGGUCUCCCUGCAGCAGGCAGAGUACGAGUUCCUCUCCUUCAUCAGACAACACACCCCACCUGGCCAUUGUCCCCUUGCUGGCAACUCUGUGCAUGCUGACAAGAAGUUCUUGGAUAAAUACAUGCCGCAGUUCAUGCACCAUCUACACUACAGAAUAAUUGACGUGAGCACCAUCAAGGAGCUCUGCAGACGGUGGUUUCCUGAAGAAUACAUGCUUGCACCACAGAAGAAAGCAUCUCACAGAGCACUGGAUGACAUUGAAGAAAGUAUUAAGGAGCUGAAGUUCUACAGAGCAAAUAUUUUCAAAGCAAAUAUGGAAGAAAAACAGACCAAGAUUGUGGAGAACGGGGACAAUAACAAGAGUGCAUAAAGGGUCCCACUCUGGAGUUGGAAAGGGAAUAUUGGGUGUAAAUCUAACUUGCCCAAUCUGUUGUUAGUUUGAACUUCUGUGCACAGGUUUUCAAGAGCAGUAUUUAUAAAUUCCAAUUAAUACUUGUAUGCUUUGUUCAGUAGUUUGUUUUGUUGUGAAUGAAACAAGUCCCAUUUCUUCCCUAUUGAAAGAUUCUCAUCAAUGCAACAAUUUAUUUGCAACUUAUUUGAAUAAUUUGGACUAAUCACUAUUUACGGUUAUGAAGUAAGAUUGGUGCCGAAAUUAUAUCAUUAAAUAAUUAAAUAAUUUAAAAGUGAAAUGUUACCUUAAAUAAU